GACAACAGCACCCAUAGUGCGUAGCGACCAGCCACUCACCUUACCUCCCAGAGGCAAAAAAGAACUACAGUCCCCAUUUUUAAAAGUGAGUCGGUCUAGAAACAGAAGUAUUCUUUUAAUGGAGAAAAAUAACGUUAUAUUGAUAUCCUGCAGAGACUGAAGCAUACACUUUUUGCUGCAAGUAAAAGUUUACCUAACAAUCAGAUAUCAGCCGCCGCAGAACUGCAGUACCCAAAGUGCUUCGCGCUGUGAACCGCUGGCGGAGAAGCGGAAGGCUCUGUUGGAAGUGUGGCAGAGAUGCCUGGAGAGACAGAUAUGGAGGAGAGUGCCCAAGAGGCAUUCUCCACUUGUUCCACUUCUACAGCUGACGAGACUGACACAUUGCCAAGCCUGCCAGAGAAUCUCUCGGAUGCGGAGGCAGUUCAGCUUCUUUGGGAAAUGAAGAUGAAGCGUCGGCGGCAGGCCUCCCAGCUUCCUGAUACUGUGACCAAACUACAAGCAGAAGAUGGAAGUCUAGUAUAUCUGGUUGGAACAGCUCACUUUAGUGAGAGCAGCAAGCAGGAUGUAGUCAAGACAAUUCAGGCAGUUCAGCCAGAUGUGGUUCUUGUGGAACUGUGUCAGUACCGAGUUUCCAUGCUGAAAAUGGACGAACGCACUUUGCUGAAAGAGGCUAAGGAGAUCAACAUGGAGAAAGUACAACAGGCCAUUAAACAGAAUGGUGUAAUGUCAGGUCUGAUGCAGAUUCUGUUGCUCAAGGUAUCUGCUCAUAUCACUGAACAGCUGGGCAUGGCACCGGGUGGUGAAUUUCGGGAAGCCUUCCGUGAGGCUGGCAGAGUGCCUUUCUGCAAAUUUCAUCUUGGUGAUCGACCCAUUCCAGUCACCUUUAAGAGAGCCAUUGCUGCCUUGUCCUUAUGGCAGAAGAUGAAACUGGCCUGGGGGUUGUGCUUCUUGUCAGACCCCAUCAGUAAGGAGGAUGUGGAAAAAUGCAAACAAAAGGACCUUCUUGAGCAGACUAUGUCUGAGAUGAUCGGAGAGUUUCCAGACCUACACCGAACCAUUGUGGCAGAACGUGACAUCUACCUGGCCUACAUGCUUCAGCAGGCUGCCAAACGGGUGGAAGUGCUUCCUCUGGCAGAGAAGAUGCCAGCUGUAGUGGUGGGUGUGGUUGGGAUGGGCCAUGUCCCAGGAAUUGAAAGCAAUUGGAAUAAACCUCUAAACAUCCAGGAAAUUAUGAGUGUGGCCCCACCUUCUCUGUCUGGCACUCUCCUGAAGACUGCAGUCAAGGGUGCACUCAUUGGAAUGAUGGGCUACUUGUGUUAUCGUGCAGGAUCUGGUGUCAGCAGGGCACUUCUGUCCACAUCCAUGAUCCAGGCCUUCUUCAGACAUUUCUCUUCCAAAGGACCCUGAAUGACUAAUUGGAACCUUCGGCUGAACUUGCUGGUACCCAGCUUGUGGACUUGGGCUCCUUUUUAUGGCUCCUUAAAUUUUAAUGUUUGCCUUAAUUCUCCUGGCUGUAGGGGGACUCUUCUGUCUGCUGGAGAAAGGGAAGAAGUUUGCAGCAGUGUGCCCCUCACCUCCUCCCACUGCCUCCUGACUAUGGACUUGAUGCAAAGAGCAAGCCAUCCUCCCCUAAAAUCCAAACUUCUUCUCUACCUCUGUGAACGACAAAUCAUUUUGAACUGAAAUUUUGCAAGGGCUGCUAUUCUUCCCUUGUGAUGCAGGACUCCUUUAAUCUGUGGGUCAUUCUCUUACUGUCUGUCUGGGGCCGGCACCUGCUUCAUGUCCUACUGUGCACAAGGUACCGACAGAGGAGCUUGCAGUCCCACAGCCUUAUCACUACUGCCUUAUGUGGAGGUCUUGGACUGUGGGUUGCUGAAUCCUGUCUGCCUCUCAUCAGUGUGAGAUUAUGUGAGGUCUGUGCAUAAUGAGCUCACAUAAGAGUGCCAGUGUAUGGCGUUUAGGUAUCGCCUAUAAUUGGUGUCCUAAUUUAUGAAGUUUGUCAGUAGCAUACGCGGUCUGGCAUGGACAACCUGCAACACUGGUACCUCCAUCGCCCUAAUUGCUAUCGUGAAUAAUUUAAUUCUUUUCAGUUAAAAGAGUAAGAUUUGCCAGCUAUGCUCACUCAUUAGAAUAGCAUAGGUUCUGAGGAGGGCUGACUCAACCUGUUGGGGUUGGGGGUUAAGAUGGUAUAUAAUUGGCAGGUUUUGGGUGAACUGGUCUGGGAGAAGUUUAAUAAUGAGAUAUUGCUGCACCCUUGCUCUCCCUACCCACUGAGGGAUGAGCAGAUGGUGCUCUGGUAUAGACUGGCAGUUAUUGGUUGUCCGCUGUGCAAUACUGGGUUGUUUUUUAUAACCAUGCACUGUCUGCUGCACCAUUUAACUGCCUAUUAGUUGAGAGACCUACUGAUGCCUUUGCUGUAGCGCCUCUUUUAAUUUGAAUCAUAAGAGAUGCAAUAUAUGUGGGGGUGUGAGUUUCCCAAGCUGGGCUCCCCAACUUCUUGGUGCCAGUCACACAUUUUCAGUCAUGCCAAAUAGGAAGUGUGACAUGGUGACUUCUUUAAAUAAAGUUUUAUGUGAUAAUGCUUGUUGUUUUUUUUUUUUUUUAAUAGACACACACGGUCUAAACAUCAGCUGAGUCUUUUACUUUCUGUUAAGCUGAGGGUUUAUUUGCAAGUGCAUAACUUAAUUGUGACAGCCCAAGAUCUGACAGCUUAUACAGUAUAUGGGGGAAAAUGGAGGAUGAGUGGAUGGUCAAGUGUUUCAAUUAAUGUUUAAAUGAAUUUGGAAGUAGUAUACUUCAAAAAUGCUGCAGAAAAAAAACUUUUAAAAAUAAUCACAGUUUCAAAAUGUAAAAUAAGGUUAAAAUGGAGCAGAAAAAUGAAAGUGUAAUUGGAGGACAUCUGUAGUCCAUUAUAUGGAAUUACAUGCGAGAGAAAUAAAAUCUUUUAGAGAAAGUCAAGCUUGGUGGCCAAGGCUUUGCUUUCCUUCCAGUCUCCUGGUUUUACUCACGUCUGAGCUGUGGCCAAUGAAACAACACCUCAGCUGGAGGCUUCACUGCUCAGUGCUUUCUUUGUUGCUGGGGCCUGUUGGACUUGCCUGCAGUUUUUCAUUUAAUUUAAUUUCUUAGUUAGAAAAACAAUUAUUGCCACAAAUGGAACAUUGAUUGUUAGGUGGCUAAAAUGUGUGCUUAGUUGCGGCUUACAUUGUUAAAUGGCUUUUUUUUUCUCUCUCUAACCAUUUCUCCAAGUAAUGAAGUGCAAAUUACAAUGGAAAUGAGAACUGCCGCAGCACCAUUUUCCCCUUGCGUGCUUUUUGUAAUGUCUUUGGAUAAGAAACGUUAACUGAAAAGUGCUUGUCUGCCCCAGUCCAAAAACUAUUGUAAGAAUGGUUCUGAGAAAAAAAAAAGUAAAAAUAUUAGAAAUGUCUGAUGUGCUGGGAUUAAGACACUAAGGGGUUGUAAAAUCGAAUGUACUUUAUUAGCAAUUGGCUUCUGAGUAAGAAAGUGGCUGGUGAGAAAACCUGUUAACAUUGUGGUCCUCCAGGACCUGAGACUUAACCCCAUCUUCAAAGCAUAGUUACUCAGGUUUUCAGCAAUGGCUAUUUCUGCUGAUUCAGAUAGGGCUGUGGUGGACAGUGAGAGACAGAAAUAAAUAUCUGGAAAACGUUAAUGGGACCAGAUGAGUCUAGAAUAUUGAACUCCACUCUGUUAUACAGAACAUUGUUAGUGUGAUUGGGAGCUUCCUGCAAGAUACAAUUUAUAGUCGCUAUGUAAAAAUAAAAGAUAUGUAUACUAUUUAAUUAUUAUUAAUGCAUAUAUUAAGUAAGCAUAAUUAGAUGGGAGGGCAAGAUAAGACAAAGCAAGGCUAUAGGAUUUUUCUUAACCCACACAAGCUUCAUACUUGUUUCCCAUCUCGUGUGCUGACUUGAGCAAAGAGGCCAACAGAUAGGAAGUAAAUAUCUCCCUACUAAGGUAUGUGUCCCAUCACCAUAGCCAUCAAGUCUCAGGUGGUCAGAGGUGCCUCCAUUUCCCAUUUUUUGCAAAAAAGCUUGUCACUCUUUUCGUGUUCUAGGAAAAUCCGUUUUGGAGGAUUGCGCUUCAGAAAUCUCCCAUUGGCUUGAGCUGGGCAGGCAGGCCAGCAGUGUAAUGGCAUUUUACUUUCAUGAGGACUCGGGUUGUUCUGGAGACACAUUAACAAAAGGAUUAACAGGCAUGGUUUUUCUUUUCCUCCCAUAUGAUCAGAGCAAAAAUCCGACAGGUUAUGUUACUAUUCAGCAGCAGUAAACUUCACUUUGUUGUGCGCAGACUACAAUUGCACUGUAAGUAUGAACUUUUGGAAAAGGUCUAAAGACAGACAAAAGCAUGGUACUUAUAAAUAUACAGAAUUGGCAGAGACAUAUACUAGUACAUUAAAAAAAAAAAUCUAGUGACUGCCAUUUAGGUUUUGUGCAUAAAAAUAUGCACACCCUCCACAAAUGAAGUGGAUAUUAAAAGUCUGCACUUUCUGCUUUUAAUGAGGUUCAGAACUGAAGCCAAUACCAAUCAUGUCCACUUCUUUAUCCUUUCAAUGGAUAUUGUUAGCUCAAAAUUUAAGUAAAAUGAAUUGUUUUAGGGAAACAAAGACAAAUGUACAUGGCCUUAAUAGCAUAGGUGUGCUAUCUUUUAACAACAGUGCCAUGAAAACGUAUUUGCUCCACUCCUGCUUUCUUCAGUUUUUGCUUAUUCGUAAUGCUUGUUUCUUGUCUCCAAAAAAAUUUUGUAUAAUAUUAAAGACAACCUGAGUAA